AUGGAUACGCCCAAGCGCCCGGGAUGUACCCACCAGAAGAAAUGGAUCGAAAACUCCCAAACGUUCCUCCAAAUCCUUAUGGUGGCGGAGGAGGCGGCGGAUUCCAUAGCUAUCAGUUCUACUAUGAAAAAGACCCGCCGAAGAAGGAAAAUGAAGGUUUUUCUUUCAUGGAAGAAAUAUCAGGGUUUUUGGAAUUUUUUUCGAUGAAUGGAAAAAAACCCAAGACGUUCCUCCAAACUAUAAGAUUAUCAUUAUAUCGGAAAUUUUAAUAUUGGGUGGACUUCUGGGUUCUCAAAGAAGCUUCAAGAAGGAGCAUAGUCCAAAAAUAUUGAAUUGAAAGCUUCAAGACAAAUAUUUCUGGAGAGAAAUUACAAAAAAAGCUUUACAAAAAAAUUCUCUAAUUUUGAAACUCUUGAAGGGUAAUAAGCUAAAAAUCUGCUAAAAACUCACCUUUUUCAUGAAACAGUGACCAAAUAAUUGCAUAAAAAUAAAACUAGACUUCUCCGGCCUCUUUUUUUCAAUAUCAAGAGCAUGAAAAAUAUAAAUACCCAUCUUUUUUUAUAUUUAUGUUUUUUUCUGACCACAAAUUCAAGAGUUUUUCUCGAAAAUUGUCUUUUUUUCCAUUUUUCUGCAUAAAAUUUCUGAAAAAGAGGCCAUUUUUUUCUCAGUAAAUAUGAUUUCAAGCGCUCGAAAAAAACCUCUUUGAAAUAAUUGGGAAAUAUCUUAAUCAGUUUAAAAAAAAAUAUACCCUUCAAAAAUUAAAAUUUAUAAUAAACUGUCUUAUUACUUGAAUUAUGAAAGAGAAAAAAAAUGAAACUCAAAUUUCCAUCAUUUGACCUUCAAUAAUCGUCAAAAAUGCUCCAGUAAAUUGGCCCGAAUUUGGAUGUUUCGUCAUGGACGGCCGGGGAAUUCCCCAUUGAUUCCCUGCAAAUUCCGACUAUGAUAUUGUUUAUUUUCCUAGAAAUUUUCAAUUCAAUAGCUGCUGAUAGUGAAGAUGUGAGUUUUCAACAAGUUUAUUCAAUUAUAAAACGAGAAAUGUUUUUUUGAAUAUUUUUAUUUAAAUAUAAAGGUGAAAAACUCAAAAAAAUGGAAAGAUUUUUGAAAGAAGAAACCUUUGAACAAUUCAAUAACUGACCAAAUCGACAGCCGUUUUUAUCUUGUUUAUUUUAUUCUCGCUUCGAAUUUUCGUUGCCCUGUUUUAAUUUUAAAAAAGGCGCUUCCAGAAUUGGUCUUCGUUCAAAGACUCCUGAAAAUUGUAAUUGACAUUUAAAACAAAAACGAAAAUCGAAUUUCAGACCGGUAUCGUUUGAAGAGAAACUAGAUGAAUGUAAUAAACGAGAAGUAGACUAGCCAAAAAAAAAAAUAGGAAAAACAUAAAUUUAAUUUUUAUUUUUAGUUUGUCCUCACUGAAUUGAUUUGAAUUGAAAAAAUACCCUCGAAAAUUUAUUGUGAAUUUUUUUCUUAAAGUCGGUGAAUUUCAACAAAAUGCCGAAUUAUUCGAUGUGAACUAUUGAGUAAAACUUUGAGAACAUAAUAAAGCAAGGUUUGAGAAAGAAAAAAACACAAAAUACAUUGAAAAAGAUGAAAAAUAAACAAAAAUAGAAUGAAUAAUUCGUUACGUAAAAAAAUUCGGCUGACGGUCUCACGCGGAAUCGGUGCUUAUUCGUGGAGCAGCCUGCGCCUUUAAUAAGGAAAAAUCGAAAAUAUGAAAAAAAAGUUUCUUUUUUUCUGAUUUUUAUUCGAAUUUUAUAUUUUAUCAUUUGUUUAAUAUUAUUCUUCUAGCAGAUAAAGAUCCUGUUUUUUUAUUCAUACUAUAAAUUCAGCUAAUCAACGCGGUGACGUCGUCAUGUCUACCGUCAUCAAAACCGCCGAUCAAUUUGGAAGAACUCUGGUGUCCAACGCACCAAGUUGGCACUCUUUGUCCAGGUUUUUACAUUUUCAAAGUUAUAAAAUCGAUUUUUCGUCUUUUUUCUUGAACAUUUGUUUAUUUUCAACUUAAUUUUUUUUCAGACGGCACCCUUCUCUCUUUCUACAAAUGCUGUGGUCAUCUCAAUAAGGAUUGUUGUUUUUCAUCUUCGGCUCUGGGUUAGUUUUUCGGUAAUUUCGUCAUAUCUUACUUUUUAUAAACGCUCGAUUAUUGAGAAAUUUCUUAAACUUGUUUAAAAAAACAAAAAAAUAAUGAGAUUGCGUCGCGGCUUGGAAAUUUUUUUAUGACCUUUUUUUGUUUUUUUGGAGACUAAAGAGACAAUAUGAUGUCAUAGAGAUUUUUUUAUUACGUCACUAAAGCUUUUUUUGAUAUAAUCAGAGAGUUUUUAAGACCCCCAAGAAAUUAGUUUUUCAGGUUUUUUUAAAUCUGAAAAAAAUGUCACUUCAGACUUUUUUUCUUCAAUUUGAGUUUCUAGUUGCGCAAGCAUUUAUGAUAUAUUCAUGACGUCAUAGAGAUUCUAGUGAAAUCAGAGAAAUAAGACUUGCCGUUACUUCAUAUAAAAAAACAACAUUCAAAUAAUUGGAGUUUCUGUUUUUCUAUUUUUUUAAGGUCAAAUUGAGAUUUUUUUCCGAUAACAACCGAGUUUUGACUUUGCAAAUUCUAUCUUUUUCUAAAAGAUGUCAUCUCGCGAAAGCAGUUUCUUGUCGGAUGCUAUUCUAGAAACUCACCAAAAAAAAAAUUUCGUCAAGUGCUUCGAAGUGUCCCGAACCGCGACGCGCGCCAAGCCAUUCUAAACAAAAAAAAAAUUCAGGUAGUGAUUCUGAUCAUCGUGCUUCCCUUGGGCCUGGUCCUGCCGCCGGCGUUGUUCCUCCUCCGAAGGCUGAUCUUCCGGAGAGCCCCAGAACUUCCACCGGUCCACUUUUCCAUGCACCCGCGUCUUUCCCACGAUUCCAUCGUUUUAUUGUAGUUUCUCUUGUUUUUUUGAUUCCAAGAAAUAAAAAAAAUAAAAAAAUUCAUUGUAUGAAAAAUUUGAACCCGAAUAGGAACAAGCAUGGAUACCCGUAA